CCGCUCGGGCGGGACUUCCUUUGUCGUAUUUCCAAGGACUCCAAAGCGAGGCCCAGGGCUGAAGGCGUUGGUGUCGAGCCCUCUGGCAGAGGGUUAUCCUGGGCCAAAUACACGGAUUCUCACCUCGUACAGUUACGCUCUCCCGCGGCACGUCCGGGAGGACUUGAAGUCCUGAGGGCUCAAUUUGUCCGUAGGUCGAGAGAAGGCCAUGCAGGUGCCGCCACCAGCACCGCGGAGCUUUCUCUGUAGAGCAUUGUGUCCAUUUCCCCGAGUCUUUGCUGCGGAAGCUGUGACUGCCGAUUCGGAAGCCCUUGCGGAGCGUCAGAAGCGGCCUCCCUACGUCCCAGAGCCCUAUUACCUGGAAUCUGGAUGGGACCGCCUCCAGAAGCUGUUUAGCAAAGAUGAACAGCAGAGAAUUUCAAAGGAACUUGCUGAUAUCUAUAAGAUGGCAGCUACAGCAGGUGUCCUCGGCUGGGUGUAUGGGGGUAUACCAGCUUUCAUUCAUGCUAAACGACAAUACAUUGAGCAGAGCCAGGCAGAAAUUUAUCAUAACCGGUUUGAUGCUCUGCAAUCUGCACAUCGUGCUGCUACACGAGGCUUCAUUCGUUAUGGCUGGCGCUGGAGUUGGAGAACUGUAGCAUUUGUGACUAUAUUCAACACAGUGAGCACUAGUCUGAAUGUAUACCGAAAUAAAGAUGCCCUAAGCCAUUUUGUAAUUGCAGGAGCUGUCACGGGAAGUCUUUUUAGAAUUAACUUAGGCCUGCAUGGCCUGUUGGCUGGUGGUAUAAUUGGAGCCUUGCUGGGUACUCCUGUAGGAGGCCUGCUGAUGGCAUUUCAGAAGUACUCUGGUGAGACUAUUCAGGAGAGAAAACAGAAGAAUCAAAAGGCACUCCAUGAGCUAAAACUGGAAGAGUGGAAAGCCAGACUACAAGUUACUGAGGACCUCUCUGAGAAAAUUGAAAGUAGUUUACAGAAAAAUGAACCUGAGAAUGAUGCUAAGAAAAUUGAAGCACUGCUAAACCUUCCUAGAAACCCUUCAGUAAUAGAUAAACAAGACAAGGACUGAAAGUGCUCUGGACUUGAAACUCACUGGAGAGUUGAAGGGAGCUAUGCUGCCAUGUCCGUUGAAUGCCAACAGACAGGCCACUCUUUGGUCAGCCUGCUGACAAAUGUAAGUGCUGGUACCUGUGGUGGCAGUGGCUUGCUCUUGUCUUUUUCUUUUCUUUUCUUUUUAAGAAUGGGGCUGUUGUACUCUCUCUUUACUUAUCCUUAAAUUUAAAUACAUAUUUAUGUUUGUAUUAAUCUAUCAAUAUAUACAUACAUGAAUAUAUCCACCCACCUAGAUUUUAAGCAGUAAAUAAAACAUUUCCCAAAAGAUUGAAGUUGAAUUUUA